GGGAUCCAAUUGAACAAUGCACAAUAUAAUAAUUAAUCAACUCAGUGUAUACAAGAAGAAGAAGAACGGUCUAUCGAUAAUAUCCAUCUCCAAGAGAAAAGAAGAAAGAGAUAUUGCGAAGAACUCUAAGUUAUCAGCUGAAAGAAUGUUGGGAGAAGAUGCGACCACCGUCAUUAAAGUUCUUGUUAAAACCCUGAUCUACCGCACCAAGAAAGAGUUCUUACGGGUUCAAGGUCUCAACAGAGAAGCGGCAAAACUGACUGGGAAUAUGGAUGCUCUCCAGAAAUUCUUGGAAGACGCCGAGAAUCGUACCAUUCCCAGUGAAUCUGUCAAAAGGUGGCUCGACAAGCUUAAAGAGGUGACCAUCAUAGCUGACAAUGUUUUGGAUGAGUUCAACUAUUAUCUCCUUUCCAAAGCAAACAAGCCCAUUAAACCCAUGAAACAAAAGGUACUAUCAUGCCUCUCCUCAUCAUGCGUUAAUAUUUCACAUUCCCGAAGUAUGGCUCUUAGAAUCCAAGAAAUCAAUGAGAUUUUGUAUUCCAUUGACAAAGAGGCUGCCGACCUUGGCCUCAAAGAGAUGCUUGCCACCAAUGAGCCCACUUUGCCUUAUGCUACUUUUGUAACUGACUCAUUCACUUUUGAUCCAAAUUUUAUUGGAAGAGAUGAGGAGGUGUCAAUUAUAGUUGAAAAGGUUACCUCUUGUAUCACAACCGAUGAACGUGUUUCUAUCCUCGCCAUUGUGGGAAUGGGAGGAUUGGGGAAGACUACUUUGACUAGAAAAGUCUUUAAUAUUCUAAAAGAAAAGAAUUUGUUUGGAUCAUAUAUUUGGGUGCAUGUUUCUCAAAUUUUUGAUCCAAUUGCCCUGCUCAAGAAUAUUCUCAUGGAGUUGGUUUUCUGUUCCUAUUAUGAAAUUGAAACUGAGAGUAGGCAAGAUAUGCUGAAAAGGAUUCAAGAAGCUUUGAACGAUAAAUCUUAUCUUCUUAUUCUUGAUGAUGUUUGGCAUGAAGAUCGUCCCACAUGGGAUGGUUUUAUCAAUUCCUUGUUGGGCGUUAGUUCUAUUAACGGAAAUGUCAUUGUUGUUACCACCAGAAGUAUGGUGGUGGCUACCACCGUGAAUGCACUUCCAACAUAUAAAUUGGAAGGAUUACCGAAGGAAGAUUGUUGGUCAAUUAUCAAAGCAAAAACAUUUGGUGAAGAGGAUGCUCCGUCACAAUGUGAGGCCAUUGGGAUUGAGAUUGCAAAAAAAUGUAAAGGUUUGCCAUUAGCUGCCAAGGUAGUUGGUGGAGUACUGCACAAUAAAUCUUUUGAAGAAUGGCACUCAAUCAAAGAUAAUUGGCUUUCACAAGAUGAAGGAGAUCGUAUCAGAAAGAUAUUGAAGUUGAGCUUUGAUAAUUUGUUUUCACUGUCACUGAAGAAGUGCUUCACAUACUGUUCGGUUUUCCCAAAAGGUCACAAAAUAGUGAGGCAGGAGUUGAUUGAGCUAUGGAUAUCAGAAGGGUUUCUCCAACAUGAUGAAAGAAAUGACAUGGAGUCUGUGGGAAACAACGUAUUCAAUAAUCUUGUACACAACUCUUUAUUGGUAGUUGAAGAGAGAGAUGCUUAUGGAAAUGUUGAAAGUUGCGUGAUGCACAAUCUUAUGCAUGAUCUCGCAAGUUCUCUUUUAAGUGGAGCCGAUCAAGUUCGAUAUUUAUAUCAUGGAGUUGGUGAUGGUGAUAUAAAUGAAAGAACAAAACAAGCAAGCAAAUAUAUGCGUACGUUGAUCUUCCAAGGUGAAAUUAUUGAAACCACCGUCUUCUCGAGUUUCAAAUAUUUGAAUGUCCUUACUCUCAACUGUGAUAAAGUUACUGAGUUACCGAGUUCCAUUCGUAAGUUGAUAUAUUUGAGGCAUCUUAAUAUUUCAAGAACACAAAUUGAAAUUUUGCCAGAUUGGAUUUGUGAACUCCGUUGCUUGCAAAGGUUGUAUGCAUUGACAAUGUCUCUGAGGGAACUGCCUAGUACUUUUGAGUACUUAAUUAAUUUACUGUAUUUUUAUAUUCAGAGUGGUGUGCAGUUGCCUCCUAGGAUUGGGAGAUUAACUAAUCUGCAAGCUCUCAAGUUCAGAGUGGCCGAGCUGAAAGGAUACACUAUCGAAGAGUUGGGGAGUUUGGACAAUCUCGAACGACUAUCUAUUCAGAAUCUGGAAAAGGUAGCUGACAUUGAAGAAGCGAAGAAAGCAAAGUUAUCUGAGAAGCAAAGACUAAGCACCUUGGAGUUAGAAUGGGCUGAAAAUGGGGAAGGUGAAAGAAAAGACGAGUCUCUCAAAAACAAGAGAGAAAGGGAUGAUGAGGCUGUGGCUGUGUUGGAAGGCCUCGAACCUCACCAAGAGCUAAAGGUGUUAAAGAUUGCAGGAUUCAAAGGCGAAAGAUUACCAUCAUGGAUUGUUGAAAGGAGGCUUGACAGGUUGAUUGAGAUAACACUGAGUAGCUGCCAAGAAUUUGAAGAAAUUCCGACGUUGGGGCAGUUGCCUAAUCUCAAAUUUCUUAGUUUGAGCAAAUUGAGCAGUGUGAGAUCUAUAAAUUCUUUAUUCUGUUGGACUGGCAAUAGCGACGAAGUCAUCUUUCCAUCACUUGAAAGUCUAUUACUGCUAAAUAUGGCUGAUUUGAGCGAGAGGAGUCAAACAGAAUUUUCCAAUGAAGUGAAGGUAUUUCCUCGUCUUAAAUCCUUGAAGAUACACCACUGCUAUAGAUUGGAAUAUCUCCCAAACUGGUUAUUCCGUAAAACUCAUAGUGUCUCUCAAUUGGAUAUAAAGCAUUGUCCCAUGUUGAGAGCAUUGCCAGAUGGUUUACAUGCUCUGGAUUCUCUGGAGCAGUUGACUAUAAGAGGCUGUCGAAAUCUGAAGUCCAUAGCAUAUCCAAGUGGUGGGAGGAGCUUUCCAUCCCUCCGCAGUUUGGAGAUUCAUGAUUGCCAUGAGCUGGUGGAAUUGGUGGAGCCAUCGGCGCCUUUGCUCAAGAAAGUGUCUGUGGUGGAACUAAAGAGCCUUCAGAAUCUACCUAGGUUUCUUCGUUGCUUGGAAAAAUCACAAUUUCUUGAACAACUCACCGUUGUUGCUGUCCCCACAUUCAUGUUCAAUUCUAGUGGCUAUGUCUGGCCUUUUCGCAGGUUGAAAAAAUUGGAGAUCGAUAUUAGCAGGCUAUGGUCAGAAGAGAAUAGAGUGGCUAUUAAUGCGAGAGUCGACUACAUAUUGCAAGACUGUCACGUUUUGGAGAAGAAGCAUUGCAUGAAUGAAAAAGGUGUUCCUGUCAGUGGCAGUGUGUAUGAAUCGUUCAUGGCACAACACAAGAAGUGA